AUGAAAGUAUUUGGUCUCUUUCUUAGCUUUACUCUCUUCUUCCUCUCUCCUUUUGUAUCUCAAGCUAAUCAGCAUGAUUCCAAUUUCACCCGCCAGCCGCCUCGUCCCAACUUCAUAAUCUCUCACGGCCGUCCAAAGUUCCAUCCUCAACAGGUGCACGUAUCAUUGGCGGGUAAGGACCACAUGAGAGUAACAUACGUAACGGACGACAUGAACGUUGCAUCGAUAGUGGAGUACGGCAAACGUCCAAAAAAGUACGACAAAAAAGCUGCCGGAGAAUCCACUUCUUACAGAUUGAUCUUCUACAGCUCCGGAAAAAUCCACCAUGUCAAAAUUGGUCCUCUUCCACCUAACACCAUUUAUUAUUACCGUUGCGGUGGCCACGGUGAUGAAUUUUCUUUUAGAACUCCUCCAUCGACUUUUCCAGUCGAGUUCGCUGUGGCUGGAGACCUAGGGCAAACCGACUGGACGGUGGGAACAUUAGAUCAGAUUAGACAACGAGACUUUGAUGUCUUCCUACUUCCUGGUGACCUCUCUUACGCGGACAGCCUCCAGCCACUUUGGGACUCAUUUGGCCGCCUCUUAGAGACCCUGGCUAGCACCCGCCCGUGGAUGGUCACCGAAGGAAACCACGAGAUCGAGUCUUUUCCGAUUGUUGAACACACAAGCUUCGAGUCAUACAAUGCUCGAUGGCUCAUGCCUCACGCCGAAAGCCUCUCUCGAUCCAACCUUUACUACUCUUUUGAUGUAGCCGGCGUACACACGAUUAUGCUUGGUUCUUAUACUCGCUUUGACUCUCAUUCUGAUCAGUAUCGGUGGCUAGAAGCUGAUUUAAGAAAGGUUGACCGUAAAACGACUCCAUGGUUGGUGGUGGUGAUGCACACGCCAUGGUACAGCACAAACAAGGCGCAUGAAGGCGAAGGAGAGAAAAUGAGAAAGGCCAUCGAAGGUUUGCUUUUUCGUGCUGAAGUCGACGUCGUUUUUGCUGGCCACAUUCAUACCUAUGAACGUUUCAGGCCGAUGUUCAACAAGAAGGCCCACCCAUGUGGACCAAUACACAUAACCAUCGGUGACGGAGGCAAUCGAGAAGGCCUUGCUAGAUCGUUCAAGAAGCCUCAGUCAUCAUUAUCGAUGUUUCGCGAAUCAAGUUUUGGACAUGGGAGAUUGAGGAUUAUAGACAAUAAACGAGCACAUUGGUCAUGGCAUAGAAACAGUGACAAAUACUCAGUCAUUGCGGAUCAAGUAUCGUUCGAAAGCCCUAGGGCAUCGUCACAUUGUAUUGGGAAUCGUUUUAGAUAUGAACUCUAA